AUGGUGAAUAUUCCGAGCGACGCGGUCCCACCUCGACUUUGUGUCAUCGAGAAGUUGAACGGAGAGACGGAAUAUGGCUACAACUUGCACGCCGAGAAGGGACGUGGACAAUUCGUGGGAAUUGUCGACGCAAACAGUCCGGCUGAGAGAGGAGGUCUCAUCACCGGAGACCGUAUUUUCGCCGUCAACGGACAUUCGAUCAUCGGUGAGAACCACAAGAAAGUUGUCGAAAGAAUCAAGGCGAACCCGAAUCGUUGUGAGAUGUUGGUCAUUUCCGAGGAGGGCGCCAAGUGGUACCAGGAGCACAAUGUUCAAAUCACUUUGGAUCUUCCAAAUAUUGAACGAGUUUCUCAGAAGUCGAAAGAAACGCCAGUAUUUGUGCCACCACCACCACCGCCAACCGACGUCAUGUACUUGCCGAGACUUGCUGAAUUGAUCAAAGAGUUUGGUUUCAACCUGCACGCCGAACGCAACCGUGGUCACUUCAUCGGAACCGUCGACCAAGGAGGCAUCGGACAAGCAGCCGGCCUAGUGAUAGGACAGCGAAUCGUCGGAGUCAAUGGACAACUGAUCUAUCCAAACACCGGACACAAAGAUGUUGUUGCUCUUAUCAAAAAGGAUAACAUGAAGACGACUCUUUUGGUUGCAUCCGAGGAAGUUGACAAGUAUCACAAGGAUCACAAUCUCGCUUAUUCUUGGGAUAAUGUGGAAAGAGUCGGUGGACCACCAGUGAUCAAUGUGGAGACAUAUCAUCAUCAUGAGGAGGCUCCGCCAGUCAAGGCUAGUGCUUAUGAUGUGCCACCAUUGAAUCCACAUAGCAUCCAAGUCAACGAAGAACGCGAAAUCACUAAAACCAAAACGGAGACGACUCACACGAACAGCUAUUCAUACAAGGAGGAAACACCAGUCUACAAUGCUUAUGCUGCCGAGCCAGCUUCCGGUGAUUUGAUGGAUGAAGUAUUUGCAAAAGUGAAUCUUCCAACUGUCGGAAACCAAGUGACCAUUCAUAGUCAUACUGAAGAAUUGGCUGAGGAUGCUUCCUCCGUCUCUUCUCUCUCGUCGUCUCAUCGGGAAAGUGCCGUCGAUGUGCCUGUCUCGCAUCAGUACGUCCCAUCGUACGCAACACAAUCCCAUCAACAACAUGAACAACACUCGCAGACCCAUCACCACCAUCAUCACAAUCACAAUCAACAACCAUCUCCAUUGAGCAAUGGAUCCAGCCAUGGUUAUGCAGCUAGUUCAACUAGCGGAUACGACGACGACGACAUCUACCAUUUGUCGGCAAGCGAGGCACGCGAACGUCUUCGCAUGAAGAACCGAAAACAUCAUUUGCACGAGAUGUCGCUCAACGAGAAGUACCAAUUGGUUAGCAACAUGUAA